ACUAUUAGACAGGUUCAAUGGAAGUUAGGACAUUCUGUUGAAUAGUAUGGCAGGAACUGUUGUAGAAGAAUAUUAGCUGCAAGAUGUUUGGUAUCGUGAGGCCUCUGAGCUUCCUGUGUUACUUCAUUCUGGGCUCAGCAACACUGAUCAACAACAGUCCAGAUGAUUCAUAUGCCAGACUUGAAGGGGACAUAAUGAUAGGAGGACUCUUUCCCAUACAUAAAGAGAUACCAGAUUUAGGGAUCUAUACCAAACCAUCUGAGUUCAUCUGUACUGGGUUUGAUUUGAGAGGCUUUUUGCGAUCCCUUGGGAUGGUCCAUGCUAUUGAAAGAAUAAACAGAUUCAGUCUCUUGCCUGGUAUCAAAUUGGGUUAUGCGAUUUAUGACACCUGUGGAGAUGCAUCCAGAGGUCUUCAAGAAACAAUUAAAUUAACUGGAUAUCAAGAUUCAUCAUACGGAAUAUUACAUGGGAUAUGCAAUGUUACAGAUCGUCCACCACUAGUGAAAGCGGUUGUCGGUGCAAGCUAUUCUGAAGUCUCCAUUGCAGUGGCAAGACUGCUUGGUUUUCAGCUUGUGCCUCAGAUAAGUUAUGGUUCGUCUGCUGCAAUCUUAAGUGAUAAACGAAGGUUUCCAUCAUUCCUGCGAACUGUUCCAAGUGACGUACAUAUGACUAAAGCCCUUUCUAAACUUAUAAGUCAAUUUAAAUGGUCCUACGUGGGUCUCAUUUCAAGCGACGAUGAUUAUGGGCGCUCCAUUUUGGAAAGUUUAGCAAUGCAGUUUGACAACAAGUUUGUGUGUAUUGCCUUUGAGGAGAAGCUUCCGGCAGACAUAGGCAACCCUGGGGUAAAUGUAUCCAUAAAGGCAGUAAUUGGUACAAUAAAGCAGUCUCCUGCCAAAGUUGUGAUUCUUGCUUUAAAAGUGCCAAUUGUUAUGGAACUAUUUAAUGAAGUUCUCAAACAGAACAUUUCCAGAGUAUGGAUUGCCACUGAUAACUGGUCUACGUCACAAGAGGUGGCUGCAAUGCCAGAUAUUGAACAUGUUGGAAAUAUACUUGGUUUUUCCUUUGAAAACAGAGAAGUGCCUGGGUUCAGAAUGUAUUUGCGGAGUUUGAGUGCUGGACCUCAUGCAACAAAUGUAUUCAUAGAGGAGUACAAAAGGCUUCGUUUUGAAUGUACAGAUCAGUACAAGGAAUAUAAACGCUGCUUAGAAGCAUCACCACACAACUGCACUAAAUCACAGUCUCUCAACUUCAAGUCCCCUUUGGCUUGCAGCACAGGAAAUAUCUCCCUUGCAAGCGAUGACUACUUGGACAGGAAUAUUGAGUUAGAUGGAACGUACAGUGCCUACCUAGCAGUUACCGCAAUAGCAAAAGCAUUAAACAAAAUGUUAUGCUCUAAUGGAAUUUGCAAUCCCACAACAACGUUUGCUCCAUGGCAGCUGCUAAAAGAAUUAAAGAAGAUACAGUUCUAUGACAACAAUGAGAAUAUAUUCUUCACCGAUGAUGGCGAUGUCAAUAUUAGCUACGACUUGCUGUUCUGGUAUACAGUAAAUGGAUCCAUGCAGUUUCAUGUUGUUGGAAAAUAUGAGCUGAUUAAUAACUCAGUUCAUUUUAAUGAAUCCCUUAUCAUCUGGAAUACAGAGGAUAAAAAGGCACCUGGUUCCAUGUGUUCAACACCAUGCAUUCCCGGGCAGUAUAAAAUCCACUCAAAUGUACACUGCUGCUAUAACUGCAGUGAAUGUGCGGAGGGAUACUAUACAGAAUCUUAUGAUAUGACUGAGUGCAAGAAGUGCCCUUAUGAUCAGUGGUCAUAUAACGGAAGUGCAUCUUGUGAAAAUAGGACGAUUGAAUAUUUCCAGUGGACAAAUCCAUUUGCAGUUGUUCUCUGUUGUUUUGCUUUAAUUGGUCUUUUAUUAGUGAUAAUUGUGGGAAUCGGGUUUUUACAAUAUGUGGCAACUCCGGCAGUUAAAGCAGCAGGUGGUAUUUAUAUCUGUGUUAUGAAUUUAUCACUACUAAUCAGCUUUGCUAACUCUAUAUUAUUCAUUGGUGAGCCAAGAAAUGUAUCUUGUAAGAUCAGACAACCACUUUUUGGUAUCAGUUUUACUCUUUGUGUAUCCUGCAUCCUGAUAAAGUCUUUUCGCAUUGUGCUGGCCUUUGAGAUGGGUAACAGAUUUCAGCACAAUAUAAAGAUAACCUAUAAACCAGCUUUAGUGGUUAUUACAUUAACCGCUUUUCAAGUUUGUAUUUGUACUUUGUGGCUUUUAAUACGAGGACCCUUUAUCAAGAAUACUGUCCUCAUUCCCCAGACACUUAUACUUCAGUGUGAUGAAGGAUCCACCCUUGGAUAUGGAAUCAUGUUGGGGUAUAUCGGCUUCCUUGCUUUCCUUUGUUUUGCCUUAGCAUAUAAAGGACGGAAAUUGCCUGACAAAUACAAUGAAAGUCGUUGUAUUACAUUCAGCAUGCUCAUUUACCUAUUUGUAUGGUUUGCAUUCAUACCAGUUUAUGUGACCACCAAUGGCAAGUAUCUUCCUGCAGUGGAAAUGGUGGCCAUAUUGGCAUCCAACUAUGGUGUAUUGUGCUGCCAUCUUAUACCCACAUGCUACAUUAUAUUUUUCAAAAAAGACAAGAACAAAAGAGAAAAAUACCUGAAAAGUAUACAGUCCUUUUCCAAAGUUAAAAGUGCAGUUGAUUUUGAUGCUACUAAAAUCACAAGAUCUGAGACCCAAGAAUCCCAGACAUAUGUUAAUGGCAAGGCUGAACAGUUUUGUAUUCUCCAUGGAUUACGAAAAAGAUGUAAAAGUGUCUAAAUAAAAUCACUACCAAUAAAAGUACAGUAAUGUGGUAUCAUACA